AUGCCGUUGUUGUUUCCAAGGCAAUACGGCCAUUCGGAGCGACAAUUAGGCGCGGGAACCACCGCCAGGGUGUAUCUAUAUGUCCACGAGGAGGACCUGUUUGCGAUUAAGAAGAUCGCAAGACGCGAAAGAGAGUCCAAAAAAGAAUAUCUAGACCGAGUAAAAAAAGAAGUCCAUCUGCACCGAUCUCUUCCCAAACACCAUAAUCUCGUUGACUUCAUCGAUUUCUUUGUCACAAGAGGCAAGCCGUACUAUGUGAUGGAGUAUCUGCCUGGUGAGCUUUGCGUUUCUCGGAAAGCAUUAAAUGUCGAUUCUCAAUUGUGUCUUUUCAAACAGUUAGCAUUGGCAGUGUUGUAUCUCCAAGAGCAAAACGUCAGCCAUCGAGAUUUGAAGCUGGCUAAUUGCAGACUUACAAGUGAGGGAAUUUUGAAGCUCAUCGACUUCGGCUCGUCCAUACACGGAAACGAGGGCGUCGGGGUGGCCGGAAGCAAGGGAAUGGUGGCACCCGAGGUUUUGCGCGAUCUUCGCUACGACUCGUUCAAGUCUGAUGUUUGGUCCCUGGGUGUGGUUUUUCUGGAGCUCCUUGGACGCCGAACGAAGUGGAAAGAGGCUGUUUGGUACGAUAAGGCUUUUGAACUAUAUAGCAAAAGUCAGAGUAUCGACGAUGUGUCAGACAAUCUUGCCGAAUUCCAGCAUAUUGUGCUCCCGAUGCUGGAAAUCGACCCCUUGCAACGUAUCACCAUGUCUGAGUUGGCGAAGCUUCCUGCAAUCGUGAGAGUCAAUCAUUGUCGUCCUGGUAAUAUUAUUCACAGCCACUAUUUUAGUCCCUGA